GCAUGCGGAGAAUUUGUUUGCGAUCUUUUUACGCUCAUCUAGCGUCUCUGUCACUACGGCGUUAGUGAUCCUCUUCUUUUUUUUUUUCUCUUUUGUGUGGUUACACGUUGCUAUCGGCGAAAAUUUGUAAAGAUGGGUCGUAUGCAUUCGCAUGGAAAGGGUAUAUCCCAAUCUGCACUUCCAUAUCGACGAAGUGUGCCAACUUGGUUGAAAUUGACACCAGAAGAUUGUAAGGAACUUAUUUAUAAACUUGCGAAAAAAGGACAUACACCAUCCCAAAUUGGUAUCAUUCUUCGUGACUCCCAUGGAGUGGCACAAGUAAGAUUCCGCACAGGGAAUAAAAUCUUACGUAUUGUUAAGAGCAUGGGCUUGGCUCCUGAUUUGCCAGAAGACCUCUACUACUUGAUCAAAAAAGCUGUGGCUGUCCGUAAACAUCUGGAACGGAACCGUAAAGACAAGGACAGCAAAUUUCGAUUAAUUCUUGUAGAAUCAAGAAUCCAUAGGCUAGCCCGAUAUUAUAAGACAAAAGGGUCACUGCCACCAAAUUGGAAAUAUGAGAGCUCAACAGCUAGUGCCCUUGUAGCCUAAGCUGUUUCAUUGUAUCUGUAUAUACUACAAUAAAUUUCCAAAACUAGUUUA